AUGGGGCUGAGGCUGUGGGGCAUCAAAGGGGCACGGCAGUGGCCACAGCCCACAGAACCCCUGGCUGAGAGGAGUAGCUGUGAGGUGGAAACCCUGCAAGGAUCUCCUGGAAGCAGCCCUGAGUGGAAAAGGGGCCGGUCCGGAGCCGAGAAGGAGGAGAAGAGGGUGGGUCGUUCUGUCUCCUGUCAGCCUCCUCUCAGCCUGCCUGGCAGCGCAGGCAGCAGCUGCAGGCAGCAGGGCUUUCCUCUCACCAUGAUCUUUUGGCUGUGGCUCUGCUGGGGUUUCUCCACCUCAGCAGGGCAGCCUGACUCGGAGCUGAUGGCAAGGUACUUGGAGGAGAAGCUGAUGGCAGACUACAGCAUCAUGGAACAAGUCAUACGCCGUGUUCCAAGACAGGCCAAAUUUUUGCAGAGGCUGGAAACCAGACCUCGGAUGUCGGAGUUCGCGGUGAGAUCCACCAUCAUCUCUCGCUACGCCUUCACCACCGUGUCCUGCACCAUGGUCAACAGCGGGUCUGAGGCACGUGAGGCUGUGUUUGAGAUGCAGAUCCCAGCUGCAGCCUUCAUCUCCAACUUUACCAUGAGCAUUGGCAACAAGACUUACUAUGGAGAGGUCACAGGGAAAGAAAAGAAACAUAGCAGCGAUGACAGAGAGAAGCCCAAGAAACCUCCAAGCCCCACAGAUGGAAGGGAGAAUGGCUAUGAGACAUUCAAAGCUUCUGUCUUCAUUCCUCGCAAGAUGCAGGCCAGAUUCCUGCUGCAUUAUGAAGAGCUUUUGCAAAGGCGACUGGGGAAAUACGAGUAUACAGUCAGUAUCCGGCCCCAGCAGCUGGUGGGGAGGUUACGAGUGGAGGUGAACAUCCUGGAGAACUCAGGCAUAGUGUCACUGGAAGUGCCUCCUCUCCGAAACAGCAAGCAUAAAGGCAAUGGGAGAGUUGAAGGUGAUGUUUCUCCUCCUCCUUCUACUGUAAUUGGGCAUACCAAAACCUUAGCUAAAGUUACUUUCAAUCCCAGUGUGGUCGAGCAAACCAGGAUCGCCCGAAAUGGCAUUUUGGGAGACUUCAUAAUUAGAUAUGAUGUCAACAGGGAGCUGAGUGUUGGGGAUGUUCAGAUUCUUAAUGGAUAUUUCGUGCACUACUUUGCCCCCACGGAUCUUCCUCCCUUGCCGAAGAACGUUGUAUUUGUGCUUGACAGCAGUGCUUCCAUGGUGGGAACAAAACUGAAACAGACCAAAGAAGCUCUCUUCACGAUCCUCCAAGACUUAAGGCCUGAAGAUCACUUCAAUAUCAUUGGCUUUUCCAACCGAAUAAAGGUCUGGCAGCAGGACCAGUUGGUGCCAGUUACUCCAAAUAACAUAAGAGAUGCCAAAAAGUACAUUCACAACAUGUCACCUACUGGAGGGACUAACAUUAAUGGUGCUCUGCAGACUGGUGCAAAGCUGCUGAAUGAUUACAUUGCUCAGAACGAUAUUGAUGCCAGAAGCGUCUCUCUGAUCAUCUUCCUCACGGAUGGGAGGCCUACUGUUGGGGAAACACAGUCAUCCAAAAUCCUCAGCAACAUCAAGGAUGCCAUCCAUGAUAAAUUCUGCCUCUUCACCAUUGGCAUUGGCAAUGAUGUGGAUCACAAGCUGCUGGAGAGGAUGGCAUUGGAGAACUGUGGCAUGACGAGGCAUUUCCAGGAGGAUGAGGAUGCAGCCAGCCACCUCAAAGGGUUCUAUGAUGAAAUAGGAACACCUCUUCUCUCUGACAUCCGUGUUGAUUACCCUGAAGACAAUGUGGAGGAAGUCACCCAGAACUUCUUCCCCAACUACUUCAAUGGCUCUGAAAUCAUAAUAGCUGGCAAACUCAUCAACCGCACCUCGGACAGUCUUCACGUGGAGGUGACUGCUAGCAACUCCAAGAAGUACAUCCUCCUCAAAACAGAUGUGGCUAUCGACCUGCCGAGCAGGAAUGACAUCAGAGGCAUCCCUGGCCUGGAAGAUGGCAAAGGUGAUAAUAAUUACAUCGAGAGGGCAUGGAGUUACCUCACCAUCAAGGAAUUGCUUAACUCCCGGUUGAAGAGUGAUGACGAUCAGGAAAAGGAUCGUUUGAUGGAGAAAGCCAAGUCAAUGGCCCUGGCUUACAACUUUGUUACUCCCUUCACCGUUCUGAAGAUGAGAGAGGCUGGGCUCCAUUCAGAACUGCCUCAAGAGGAGUUUAUCAGCCCUUCUACUGAUGGCAUUGGUGAGAAGUUGCAGAGCUUGCAGGGACACAAGGCACCACCAGGUAUACACAGACAGCAAGACAAAGAAAGAAUUAAGAUCUCCAAAACUUCAGCGGAUGGAGACCCUCACUUUGUCAUUGACUUUCCCUCCAGCAAGUUCUCUGUCUGCUUCAAUAUCGACGGAGAACCAGGGGACAUUCUCCGGCUGGUUUCUGAUCAUAAGGAAUCUGGUGUAACUGUGAAUGGCCAAUUAAUUGGAGCUCCUGCACCACCGAACGGCCACAAGAAGCAUCGGACUUACUUCAGCACCAUCACCAUCCUUAACAAUAAGCCACAGAGAUCUUACCUAGAGAUCACACCCAAAAGAAUCAUCCUGGACGAUGGGGAAAGACUUAUCCUGUCCUGUGGUCGGAGCGCUGUCGUGCGGAGCAGCAACCUUGAGGUGUCCAUCUCUGCCAAUUCCAACAUCACAGUGACGAUACGAGACACAAUCAGCUUUGUCAUCCUCAUCCACCAUUACAAGAGGCCAGCCCCACAUCAGAGGCAUCACUUGGGGUUCUAUAUCUCCAACAGUAAAGGACUCUCUUCUGACUCCCAUGGGCUACUGGGUCAGUUCUUGAACCACGAAGUUAAACUUCUUCAGGAAUAUUUAAACACAAGUCAUCAGCAGGUUGGUCAGAACCAAACCGAAGCAUUCAAGUCAAACCCUACAAACACCCUGAAAGUGAAGGGUCGUCUGGUUCCUGUGGUGUGGAAGCAGAGGAGGAUCUACAACGGCCAGGAGGAAGUUGACUGCUGGUUUGCAAAAAACAACGCGGACAAACUGAUCGAUGGGAGCUACAAAGACUAUCUGGCUUCUCAUCCCUUCGACACAGGGACCAGCUUUGGGACAAAUAACAGCCUUUAAGGCCGACCAUAGCAAUGCAUUACAGCAGCAUGUGUGACAGCUGAAGCCUCUAGAGCUAGGCAGCUUAUGAAUAUUUCUUUACUGUUUUGGUGCCCUUGGAAAUCAGCUGUCUCUGUUUCAUGGUAGAUGAACAUUGAUCAUCAAACUCCUGAAGACAAGGAGGUUGGGGUUUUGGGGGGAAGGGUUGAGGACAUGGUUAAAGAUGGAGUCGGUGCUCUUCCAGAGGGAAGGAAGGGAAAAAUGGGCCAGCACUCAUAUCAAAUAGUGCAGAGAGCUGUUGGCCUUAAAAGAAACCCACACAGGGAUCUGUGCAAUACCCUCAGGGGCUGGUGGGUCACCAAGUGAGACAGGCACAGAUCAAACAGCUCAGUGCCUACCUAGAGAGAGAAGCUUGGGUGAUACACCUUGCAAAGAAGUGACUUGGAGCCCCUGCUCCAACCAUGGCCACUGAGGAAAAGAAGAGAGAGAGAGAUGAGAGGGGGGUGGAUACUCAUCUGCAGUGACCCAUUAGCAUCAAAGAAGUAACAAAUCAAACCCUUAAAUCAACAGGCCAAAAGAGGGCAUUGCUUUCUUGGCUAUUGAGAUGGUGUCUAGAUUUGCCACUAAGUAUGAUGUUCCCUGAAUCACUAAGGACCCUCAAAAUAGUGGUGAAAACCUUCCUGGGGGUUAUUGCUGUCUCAGUGCACAGGCUGCAUGCUUAAAAACCCACCUGUGGUCUUCAGCAGCAACAGGAGUGGUGCUGGCUCCCAUUCCAUGAAGCAGCUCGUGUAAAUAACGCUGCAGAUUUAGUGGUUUAGUCUUGACUCCCUUCAGAAAGAAACAAAGUUCCACUGUGAGCUUCCAACAAACCUCCCAGCUCCUUGAGCAGAGCACCACUUCUGCUUAGCACAGAUUUAAACUCUCUAAAGGAUGACGAACCAGCAACAGUUUGUGACCCCACAAAGCAGCCUCUUGAAUUUAGACCAGACAUUUCUCACUGCUUUUCUAAUCAGGGAAGAAGUCUCUAUUUACUCCAAAUUGUCAAGAUUUUUUUGUCCCAAUUUCCCCCUCUGGCUCUUUUUCCUUCCCUACACUGCAGGAAUUUGUACACAGCAGGAAUUUGGCAACAGGAGGUUACAGAAGGGUCUGCCAGCCACCCCCACUGCAGGUGGUUCUGCUCUGCAAAGAAACCUCCAAACCCAAACUGCAAAGCUGGGGUCUGUUUUACAGUGAGGCAUCGCUGAGUAACGCUAUAGACCAGUCACAAGGGAGUUUGCAAAGCACAGAACUUGGCCAAAGGGGACUUUGACAACCACAAAGACGUUUUACAUGGCAAGGCCAAACUGAGCUCAUGUCCACUCUGCCUUUCCAGGACUGAAAGGAAGGAGGGUGGGUGUGGAAGCAUCUCCAGGAGCUAAAUGACAUCCAUGUGUUAGGAGAAAACAGAGUUGCCAGAGUCCUACAGAAAUAGGAUCAGUCUUGACUGACUUUUUUUGGCAUAUUUAACGACUAAAUCAUACUGUUGCUGCAGGAGCUCCAGCUGCUGGGGGUGGGGUGCUGAUUUUCCAGUUGCUUGAUCAUCUAGUUAGUACUGCUAGCCCUGUGGCAGCAGAGGGGGUAGCAAGCAUGGUUGCUUAUUCUCUCACCAUGUGCUGUGGGGAAGAGGGAAACAGCCAAAAGCAACCAGCUAGCUUUAAAUGGAAUAACCUUACAGAGCUUGCUUAGAGCAAAACUCCUGCCAAGGUUCAUGCUUUGGAACAAAACAUAAGGAAAAAUCUACUGGUUUGGGCCCAGCUAUCUUGAGAAAUAACUGUCCUGCCAGGGAGAACUGAAGGCAAGGCCCUCAGCACAGUCCUGAGCAUGCAAUGACUGAAGAGGUUAAUGCUCUGCAGUGUGCUCAUGAGCCAGAAAGGAGAUGCAAAAGAGCAUCUGUGAAGUUGACUUCUCCAGCCCACAAGUCAGUGGGAAGAUCACUCAGCUCAUUUCCAACUAAUCUCCCAUGUCACUCACGUAGAGUGAACAGAGUGGUGGCAGUAACCUUCUAGACAGUCCAGGGUUCAGUGGGUGUCUUCUUCAUACUGUCCUUACUGAAAAGGGAUUUCUUUGAAGUCUUCACUCUCCUCCCAGAUUUUGGUGUUCCAGUGUAUUGCUAAGGGGAGCAAUUGGCUUUGACUCUCCUCUCAUCUCUCCUGUAUAUAGAUGUGUAUACACACACACAUACACACACGUUGCCAGUGCUUCAGGUGCAUCAUUACUCCUCCUCCUCUUCCUCCAGCCAAGGAAACAUAUUCCUUUCAGGGCCUUAAAAGAACAAUGCUCAACUCCAACUUGCCAGCCCUAUGAAGCACCUGGAGCAAUGUACUCAAGUUCUU